GGAGUGGCUAUUCAAGAGCUACAUAAAUAAUUUUCGGCAUUGAGGCGGACAAUCCCGAAUCUCCUCUCAGGUGCUGUCACAUCGAGCUUACUGGAGGGAAACUGGCAGAAUUUCUUCUUGGCCCCUUAGUUUCUGACCGCCAAAGAGGCUUAUUUGAAGAGUAGGGGGCACAUUGCUGUGUGGAUCUCUUUGAAGAGACCCAGAAAGAUGUCAGAACUGCUCUCCGCCUUCCUGUACCUUCUCCUUCUCUUCAAGCUGGCUGCCCCUAUGACCUUUCGUCACCACCACUAUGACGACCUCGUCCGGACGCUGUAUAAGGUGCACAACCAAUGCCCCCACAUCACCCGGAUCUACAGUAUCGGGCGCAGCGUGAAGGGGAGACACCUCUAUGUGCUGGAAUUCAGUGACCACCCUGGAACUCACGAGCUCUUGGAGCCGGAAGUCAAGUAUGUGGGGAACAUGCAUGGUGAUGAGGUGCUGGGCCGAGAGCUACUGCUGCAGCUGUCGGAGUUCCUGUGUGAGGAGUUCCGGAAUCGCAACCAACGCAUCACGCAGCUCAUUCAGGGCACACGCAUUCACAUCCUGCCAUCCAUGAACCCAGAUGGCUACGAGAUGGCUGCUGCCCAGGGCCCCAACACAUCUGGGUAUCUGAUUGGCAGGAACAAUGCAAAUGGAGUGGAUCUGAACCGCAACUUCCCCGAUCUCAAUACUUAUUUCUACUAUAAUGAGAAGUACGGAGGCCCCAACCAUCACUUGCCCCUUCCAAACAACUGGAAAAGCCAGGUGGAACCUGAGACCCGGGCUGUGAUCUGGUGGAUGCAGUCCAUCAACUUUGUUCUCUCAGCCAAUCUCCAUGGAGGAGCAGUCGUGGCCAAUUACCCUUACGACAAGUCCCUAAGACAUCAGCGCGAAAGUUUUUACUACACUACCACUACUCCCACGCCCGAUGAUAUGCUUUUCCAGAAGCUGGCCAAGGUCUACUCCUAUGCACAUGGCUGGAUGCACAAUGGCUGGAACUGUGGAGAUUACUUUCCAGAUGGCAUCACCAAUGGGGCUUCCUGGUACUCUCUCAGCAAGGGAAUGCAAGAUUUUAAUUAUCUCCACACCAACUGCUUUGAUAUCACACUGGAACUCAGCUGCAACAAGUUUCCCCACCAAGAGGAAUUAGAACGGGAGUGGCUGGGUAAUCGGGAAGCCCUAAUCCAAUUCUUGGAACAGGUCCACCAGGGCAUCAAGGGAAUGGUGCUUGAUGAUAACAAUAAUAAUCUCACAGGGGCUGUCAUUUCUGUCAGUGGGAUUAAUCAUGAUAUCACAUCAGGUGAACAGGGCGACUACUUCCGGCUGCUGCUUCCAGGAACCUACACCGUCACAGCCACAGCCCCUGGGUUUGACCCAGAGACAGUGACUGCAGUCGUGGGUCCUGCAGAACCAACACUGGUUAACUUCCAUCUCAAGAGAAGCAUCACUCAGGUUAGCCCUGGGAGAAGAACUCCCAAUGGAGAACAGGGAGGCAAAAUGAAAGCACAGCCCCGGACACCCAGAAAGAAGAAUACAGCCGUGAGGCAACCACACAGAGGCCCUGCCUGAAACCCUCGGAGCCCAGGCGGCACUUCACAAAGGCUCUGCUCCUGCUUUCAUAUCCCUUAGGACUUGCUUUGUGUUUUAUCAUCUGGGACAUAUUUAAAUAUAUAAGCCUACUCAGACCAAUUCAGCAUCUGUUCAAUGGGUUUCAACCUGUUCCAGGGAAAGCCCAGUCUAGGCUGUCAUUAAAGGAAUCGAAAGUCAGGAAUAAUGGUA